AGCCAUCGUCUCACCUUUGCCGUUGGGCUGUUCCAAGCCUCUCACCCGAUUGAGAUUCCUGAACGGAAGCAAGCACCGGCGGAAAACAUUAGAAAAAUCAACAAAAAAAAAAAAAAAGGAAAGAAGGAAAAAAUUAAAAGGUAUUUUUUUUUUGGCUUCUUUUUCUUUUCAUUUCUUUCUCUUUUUCGGAGAUCUGUGGGAAGGAGAGCACUUGAGGGAGAUCGGAAGUGUUUCUUAGGUUCUGGUUCGGGUUUUGUCUUACGCAUGUGGGAUUGUGCGAGUUGUGGCGAUGUGAGCCGGUCCCUUGAAGUUUUGAGAGAUAUUUUGGAGGAUUUGGAGAUUUCCAUCGAAAGGAUUCUUCUUUGGCUACAAAAAUUUCAAUUUAUAGAGUUCAACAGAGGGAGAGAAAGAAAGGUGGAUCGAGGCAUAAAGUCCGACCAAACGUUUGUGACCCCUUUCCUCCUUCUCCUCUGUGAUUUCCCAUCUCCCUUCCAAGCGCUUGGCUUGAAGGCGCUCGCAACCUAAACCAAACAAAAGAGAGGACUAGAGGGAACUAAGAAACCCUAAACAGUUUGGAAGACUGGCUGUAAUUUUAGAUUCUGCUGAGGGAAUUUAGGGCCUUGGGAGCAGGAGUGGAUUUGAUGUUUGUUUAGGAUUAAUCAGCAAUGGAUAAGAGGAAGGCUUUGUUUCGAACGAAAUUGAGAGAGUCUGCACAGAAACGGGAUAAGCGCAUUGAUUCCCCACUUGUGAGGUAUAACGAAUAUGAUCAACCAGUUUGCAGAGUCUGUAAUGUUAUUCUGAAAUCUGAGUCACUUUGGCCUGCACACCAAGCUUCCAGAAAGCAUCAUGAGGCUAUUGAGAAUGUAAAAGCUAGUGCUGCUGGAUUGACUCGUGGCAAUAAUGUAAAUACUGAACCUCCAGCAGAGGUGCAGAAGCCAAGGUCAUCUUCCACACUGCCUACAGAUUUUUUUGAUAAGCAAGAAGAAAAAAGGCAAAAGACCGAUACGUUUACUGGAGCAAAGAUCCAAUCUGCCAGCUCAUCAGUUGGAUCCGAUAUCUCUGAUCAUCAACAAGGAAAGAAAGAAGUUUCUUCUCCUGUGCGCCAAUCAUUGAAGGUGCCAGAAUCUGUGAUGAAGACUGAUGAGCAGGUUGAUUCAGGGACGAAGGAAAGAAGUGAAAUUAAAGAAUCUGCCAAGUUAGGUCAGCCCUCAAAAAGGUUGGAUGACACUAGUGUCAAGAAACCCAAGGGAGCUCUUCCUGGAAACUUUUUUGAUCAAAAGGAAAGAAGUGAAAAUCAGUCCUCCAGACAACAAAACCAAGCUCCAAGAAAUACAGAUAGUUUAGAAGUCAAGCAGCUAAAGCGAGCUCCUCCUGAUGACUUCUUUGAUAGAAAGGAAGAAAGUGAUAGUGUUCAGUCCAACCAGCUCAGUCAACCAUCAAAACAGCAGGACAAUCUGGAAGCCAAGCAGGUUAAAGGAGCAUUACCUGAAGGCUUCUUUGAUAACAAGGAUGCUGAUCUCCGUGCACGUGGAAUUGAACCUGUAAAGGUUGAUAUCAAUGAUGCAUACAAAGAAUUUGAGAAGGAAAUCCAGGAUGACUUGCAGGAAGUGGAUGACCGCCUGGAAGAAGAAGAGAUUGAUGCUGCUGAGGAGAGAGAGGGGAUUACGUCUCUUGAGCAACAGGAAUACAGGGAGAAGGUGAAUAUGGUAAAGCAGAAGCUCUUGGAAGUAAAGGCUGCACGUCUUGCCAGAGGGCAAAAUCGUCCUGCAUUCAUGGGCAAAGAGUCAAGUGAUGAGUCCUCCAGUGAUGAUGAUGACGGUGAUGAUGAUGAUGAGAAUUUUGCUGUCGACUGGAGAGCACAGCAUCUGUAACAACUUUCAGCUAUUAUCUUUUUGUAUUAAGAAAAAAUGUUUAAAUUCAUUCGGGAGCUGGGUGUGAAGCAGUUCUAGGAAUUCAUGUUUAACCAUCUUUCUAGACAACGACUGCUCAUGAACUGUGUAGAUGUGCGCCCAUGCUCUUCUCACUAAAUUGUCUUUCUGCCUUACUCAUGAGCGAAGCUGCUUAGAAUUUUGACUUCAAAU